AUGUGCCUGGGGUCCAAACUUGGCGGAAAUGGUCUGGAGUCCAGCAACUCUUCCUUUUCUCUUUCAGUACCUGAUCCUCUAAUUAUCAUUUACUUUCCUGUGCAUCUAUCUAUCUAUCUAUCUAUCUAUCUAUCUAUCUAUGUCAGUCUCAUCUUUCUGUCUUUCUUCCGUCCUUCCUUCUUUCUUUCUUUCACAGUCUUUCUUAUAUUAUUCAUCUAUCUAUCUAUCUAUCUAUCUAUCUUUCUAUCCAGUUUUCUUUCUUUUCUUUCUUUCUUUUCUUUCUUUCUAUCUUCAUUCUAUCUAUCUAUCUAUCUAUCUAUCUAUCGAUCUGAGUCUGUUUCAUCUUUCUUUCAUUCUAUCUAUCUAUCUAUCUAUCUAUCUAUCUAUCUAUCUAUCUAUCUAUGUCAGUCUCUUUCUUUCUUUCUUUCUUUCUUUCUUUCUAUUCUAUCUAUCUCUCUCUCUAUCUAUCUAUCUAUCAUAUCAUCUAUCUAUCUAUGUCAGUCUCGUCUUUCUGUCUUUCUUCUCGUCCUUCCUUCUUUUCUUUUUUUCACAUUCUAUUCUUUAUCUAUCUAUCUAUCUAUCUAUCUAUCUAUCUAUUUCUUUCUUUCUCUGUCAGUCUGUCUUUCUGUCUUUCUUCCGUCUAUCUAUCUUCUUUUCUUUCUUUUCAUUCUAUUCUUUAAUAUCUAUCUAUCUAUCUAUCAUAUCUAUCUAUCUAUUCAUCUAUAUCGGUCUCAUCUUUCUGUCUUCAUCUUUCUUUUUCUUUCUUUCUUUCUUUCUUUCUUUCACAUUUCUAUUCUUAUAUCUAUCUAUCUAUCUAUCUAUCUAUCUAUCUAUCUAUCUAUGUCAGUCUCAUCUUUCUGUCUUUCUUCCGUCCUUCCUUCUUUUCUUUCUUUCACAUUCUAUUCUUAUAUCUAUCUAUCUAUCUAUCUAUCUAUCUAUCUAUCUAUCUAUCUAUCUAUCUAUCUAUGUCAGUCUCAUCUUUCUGUCUUUCUUCCGUCCUUCCUUCUUUUCUUUCUUUCACAUUCUAUUCUUAUAUCUAUCUAUCUAUCUAUCUAUCUAUCUAUCUAUCUAUCUAUCUAUGUCAGUCUCUUUCUUUCUUUCUUUCUUUCUUUCUUUCUUUCACAUUCUAUUCUUAUAUCUAUCUAUCUAUCUAUCUAUCUAUCUAUCUAUCUAUCUAUCUAUGUCAGUCUCAUCUUUCUGUCUUUCUUCCGUCCUUCCUUCUUUUCUUUCUUUCACAUUCUAUUCUUAUAUCUAUCUAUCUAUCUAUCUAUCUAUCUAUCUAUCUAUCUAUGUCAGUCUCAUCUUUCUGUCUUUCUUCCGUCCUUCCUUCUUUUCUUUCUUUCACAUUCUAUUCUUAUAUCUAUCUAUCUAUCUAUCUAUCUAUCUAUCUAUCUAUCUAUCUAUGUCAGUCUCAUCUAUCUAUUUCUUCCGUCCUUCCUUCUUCUUUAUCAUUCUAUUAUAUAUAUAUAUCUAUAUCUAUAUAUAUAUCUAUAUCUAAAUCUAUAUAGAUUUAUGUUCUCAUCUUUAUAUCUCUUCAGUGAUCCUUGUUUUAGGUAA